AGCGCAGAGCGGACGCACCAGCGCAUUGACUUUGGACUUUGUCAUCAGCGUUUAUAGUGGCUAUCUGGGAAAAUAUAUGCGUUACUUGCCUGUGACACCUUCAACACGUUUGUUUCAUUUUGCGGUCGAUGAUUAGUUGGAAUAUUGUUUGACAUGGAAUUAAAUUAACUGUAGCCUAAUAUGUUGAAUGCUAAUUGUGCAUUUCAGUGCUCGAGUAGGCUCGACUACCCGAUAGAGCUGCUCACUCUGUAAAUCGUUUUCAAUGUUGGAACGGUCAGCACAGGAUAAAGACAUGGACGACUUCAGACGGGUCGCCUUCCGGAGGAAACCCCGAACUUUUGGCGAAUCUGACAUGGAACAUGAUGAAUAUUCAGCUCUAAGCAGCAGCCCCAGUGAACGCGGCAGCGGCCCCCGCAGUGCGACAGUCAUUCGGACAGGUCUGUGUGGGAAGAGUCCCAGUGAGAAGAGCAGGAGGGGUGUCAAUGGAAGAGGCUUGGCCAGCAGGUCCUUACUGCAGCCCAAACCACAAGCUCCUCCUUGGGAUGAUGAUAUUCCCCAGCCUGCCUCCAGGGUCCUUUACCGUACAGGAUUUCCUCCCAAGUCCAUGAGUCCCCCUUACCGUCGAAUGAAGAGGACCAAGGUGCAGCGUGUGCCUCCGAAGCCAGUGCACCUCCAGAGCCAGGUGACGGUGCCUGCUGGCCCCCUGCUGGCGCUGGGGCGCGUGGAGAGAGGACUCUUCAGAGCCACCAUGGAGGAGGGAGGAGGAGGGGCGGUGACUGGGAAGAGCCGGGAAAAACCCUCCAAAGUCUUGGACCUCAUCAACCACUUUGAGGAGAACAGCCAGUCGGAAACCAAGAGGGAGGGCUCGCCACUGAAGCAGCUUAGCAAGUCCCCCCUCUGCAGUCCGGCUCACUGGUGCUACCAGAGACAGUGUGAGCGCAAACAACAGGACAACAACUUAGGCUCUGUCCCAGGAACGCCACAGGAUGCUCACAAACCAGCGGCUAACGGGGUGCUAGCCCAGAUGGACAGAGACAGGGACAGGGAGAGUGGAUCCCCCCUGAGGACAGACACUGCCCUGGUGAAUGGGGACAUGGGGGACAGGAGCACAGAGCAGAGUGGGGAUAACUCCCCAGAGACAGAGACCCAUACCGAGACACAGACCCAUACCGACAGAGAGACCCAUACCGAGACAGAGACCCAUACCGAGACAGAGACCCAUACCGAGACAGAGACCCAUAGCGAGACAGAGACCCAUAGCGAGACAGAGACCCAUAGCGAGACAGAGACCCAUAGCGAGACAGAGACCCAUAGCGAGACAGAGACCCAUAGCGAGACAGAGACCCAUAGCGAGACAGAGACCCAUAGCGAGACAGAGACCCAUACCGAGACAGAGACCCAUACCGAGACAGAGACCCAUACCGGGGAGGACAGUGAACCUACAGGAGACCCCCAACCGGAACAUAGGAAGGAGGAGGCCAUUGUAGAGCAGAAGGUACCGGAGACCAACGAACAGAAGCUGCACAAGAUUGCCAAUGAGCUCCUGAAGACGGAGAGAGCCUACGUCACACGGCUCAACCUGCUGGACCAGGUGUUCUGUGCCAAGCUGAUGGAGGAGGCUCUGAAGGGCACGUUCCCUGUGGACGUGGUGAAGAACAUCUUCUCCAACAUCUCCUCCAUCAACACCUUCCACAGCCAGUUCCUGCUGCCUGACCUGGAGAAACGCAUGGGAGAAUGGGAGUCCACCCCUCGCUUGGGGGACAUCCUGCAGAAGCUCACGCCCUUCCUGAAGAUGUACGCAGAGUACGUGAAGAACUUUGACAAGGCCAUGGAGCUGCUGAAACAGUGGACGGACCGCUCUCCACAGUUUAAAGCCAUCAUCCAGGACAUACAGAGUCAGGAGGCAUGUGGUUGUUUGACGUUGCAGCACCACAUGUUGGAGCCGGUACAGAGAGUUCCCCGUUAUGAGAUGCUGCUCAAAGACUACCUGAAGAAACUGCCUCAGGAUGACCCCGACCACCGAGACGCAGAGAAGUCAUUGAACAUCAUCGCCAUGGCAGCCACACACUCCAACAGUGCCAUACGAAAAUCUGAGAAUCUGAAAAAGCUGCUGGAGAUCUAUGAGAUGUUAGGGGAGGAAGAGGAUAUCGUCAACGCCUCCAAUGAGUUCAUCAAGGAGGGACACAUCCUGAAGCUGGCUGCCAGGAACACCUCGGCUAUGGAGAGAUACCUCUUCCUGUUCAACAACAUGCUGUUGUACUGCGUGCCCAAGUUCAGCCUGGGAGGGCCCAAGUACACAGUACGCACCCGCAUCGGCAUCGAGGGCAUGAAGGUUCUAGGGACCACCAACGAGGACUACCCCCACACCUUCCAGGUGUCUGGCAAGGAGAGGACCCUGGAGCUGCAGGCCAGCUCUGAACAAGACAAGGACAAUUGGAUAAAGGCUUUUCAGAAGACCAUUGAGAUCUUCCAUCAGAAGAAUGAGACGUUUAAGUCAGCCUCCAAAGACGUGUUGACGGCAGAGCUGGGGAAACGUGCCCCUCGCUGGAUACGGGACAAUGAGGUGACAAUGUGUAUGAAGUGUAAAGAGUCCUUCAAUGCUCUGACACGACGGAGACACCAUUGUCGAGCCUGUGGUUAUGUUGUGUGUUGGAAGUGCUCAGACAACAAGGUGGCCCUGGAGUACGACAGCAACAAGAUCAACAAGGUCUGUAAGGACUGCUACUCCAUCCUGACUGGAGAGGAGAAGGCCGAGGGCAAGAAGAAGGGUAUUCUGGAGAUUGAGGCGGCCCAGUUCUCCGGCAGCAGCAUCAUGUGUGGCUUCCUGCAGUACUGUGAGAAGAACAAGCCUUGGGGGAAGGUGUGGUGCCUCAUCCCAGAGAAGGAGGCAUUAGUUCUCUACCUCUACGGAGCGCCACAGGAUGUGAAGGCCCAGUCCACUAUCCCUCUGCUGGGUUACUCUGUGGAAGACAGCCCCCGGCCUGCCGACCUUCCAGCCAGCUUCCGUUUGUCACAGUCCAAAUCAGUCCACAGCUUUGCGGCCGAGAGCGACGAGCUGAAACAGCGCUGGCUCAAGGUGAUCCGGGUGGCCGUGACUGGGGAGAUGCCCGAGUGCCCCCCUCCCAACGAUGCCACGGGCACCAUGGCCAUAGAUGGCGCCCAGGAGACGAGCUCAGACAGCUGAAGAUUGCCAGAGACCUAUGUGCAUUAUGCACGCACCACUCCCAUGCUACCCUCAUGGACACACACAGUGUGGAAACUCAGUGCUAGAUAAGCUGCCUUCCCUUGCCAAUCCACACCUCUCUUCCUUCCCUGAGUGGAUUCUACCAAUCAUAAGCGAGGGCAUGAUUCGACCUCACAGCUCCACCAAUAGAGCUGUGCAUUCCAAUCAUCAUUAGAGUGGAGCAAGGAGGAGGGGACCUCAGGAAGGUCUCUGCUUCACUCAGACAGACAGGCACUAUUCAGGACAACCUGCCUGGGGCAUCUUGUACACUGAGGACAGUAUUUGCAGUGUUUAUGCUUUUUUUACAUUUUAUUUUUUAACUUCGAGACAUGGGUGAACAGUGUUUCAAACUAAAAAGGGUCCUUGGACAGUAUCACUAGGAAAGUUAUCAGUCCUCACUUCUCCAAUCAUGUAGUUUCACAUCACAGUAGCCAGGAGCCAUGUUCUACUGGCAAGAAUAGAAUGAGUUCCUCUAGAGCCUGGGUCAAUGUCCCAGAAAGACUUCAGCAAUCGAGAGGAUCACUCUACACUUUGAUUGCUGUAAGUAACCCCAUAAGCAAACAGGAAAUGAUGCAGAAGUACUCACCCAUCCAGAACAGGCUUCAAUCCAAACAGGCUGAGGGAUUGCCUCUCCAGCCAGGCUAGGCAUUCAGGGUACUCUGCUGCACUCAUUCUAAGCUGGAUCAACCGUCCUCGCUUGGAAUCCAAGAGAGUCACAAAGUAACCUCUUUAAGCAACCACAUCCCGGUCACAAUAAUGUAUUGAAAAGUGUACUACUGCUGUGAUCAUUAGAGGGGCCUUUCUACUCUAAUGCUGUAUAGUAUGAAUGAAGACAGACAUACACACACCCAAAUGGCAGUAUUGAGGAUGAGAAUGAAUAGUUGUACAGCUGUAGUUACCUAGCCCCACAGCCCUUUUGUAGACAUGUAUAUAUCGGAAUAUAGAAUAUACGGUGGGGUUUUCUAUGUAACUGACCCAUAGGGAUGACAGACUACCACUGACCCAGAUCCUGUCUUCUACAUAGGGACUCGAAGCGGCACAGAGGUAAACAUUAUGACCAGGUGGGGAAAGAAAUGUAAAUGUUUUAAAUACUGUACCUAAUUUUAUUUAAAAAGUAAUUUAUCAAAUAUGCACAUGAUGAUUUAAAAUAAUUAGCACAAAAGUAAUAUCCCUCAAAUUUCCAUGUGUUCUGUCUGACACAGCCAAGCCAGGUAGACGAACAGAUUCACUAAGGUUUUUUGUCUUGUCCCUCAAUGAAAACCAUAGAUAGCUGUCCCUCAAUCUCUAGUAAGGUGUCACUCUCUCCAUCCUGUGAUUGCAGAAUCCUUUGUAUAGAAUGGAAGCGGGUAAUGUGCCUAUAACCUCUGUUCAUAGGUUCUACUGUUCCAAUCCUCUAUUCAUGGUCUGAGUGUGACAUGGCCUCACUGCACCUCUCCAAUCGCAGUUCUGAUACAGACAAUGCAGAAGAGCACAACAAUCCUGUCUUAUGAGAUCUGAACGUAAAACCAGGUUUUGGACGUUUGUCCACUCUCCCGAUCCCCCUCCCCAAGGUUUGAGAAUCUACGCACUUUACGGUCUUAAUAUAAAGUGUACCUUGUAAGAAAAUAAAGUAAGUUUAAGUAUUAUG